AAUAAAAUCGCAGAAAAUCUUAAACCCGUAACACUUUGUACCGUAAAGCAGUGUGUUCCUAUUGUCGUUAAAAAUGUCUGGAUCUCGAAUGCUUCGAUUGUUUGUGGGUAAUUUACCAUGGACUGUGGGCCAAAGACAAUUGGUAGAGUAUUUCAACAAAUUUGGGGUUGUGGCAAACACUAAAGUUAUGUUUAACAAAGAGACUGGCUUCAGCCGUGGGUAUGGCUUUGUGGAAUACAGAAAUAUGGAAUCUUUAGAGUCUUGCAUGACACAACCUGGACAUGAGCUGGAAGGCCGCAAGUUGGAAGUGUUGUCAGUUACAGAACAACAGGGACAGAGGAGAAACAGAGGGUUCCAACAAAAUCAGGAUCAAUAUGAUUUAUGACAUGAUAAAACAUUAGGACAAUUCAAUUUUCAACAAUUUAAUGUAAAUUAUGUACAGUGUCUUAGCCAGAGGCAAUAGUUGCCAAAAUACAUACUUUUAACCUACGAUCAAAAUGUAUGUUGUCCUUUUUGAAUUUCUUAAAACGCAAUGUGGAUGCCAACAUAAAAAAACAUGAUAUGAGACUGAGGCUUCUAAUGGAUCUCUAUUUAAAGCAAACCAAAAUUUCAGAAGGCCCUCAGUAAUCAACCUAUAUAAUGGUUACCUCCAUUUACUGCAAAGCUUGUCAGCCAGAGUAUGUAAUAAUCCAGUGAAAAUUGCCCCACUUUAACAAUUAGAAUGUCCCUUGCAGAAAUUCUUGAUAAAAUACGAAGAUGCUCAAGC